AUGGCGCUGUGGAAAAAAGGUCAGACUACCCAAGAAGAAGCUGUCACCAUGUCUGCAUUAAGAGAACUCCUUGAGAAACAGAAGGAAGACUUUGCCAACCUCUUGGAUCAGCAGGAGAAGAACUUGAAAUCGUUUGUGGGAAUGGCUACGGAUGCGACCAAUCAGCGAAUUGAAAGCCUUGCGCGCGAAGUGCGGGGAGUUAGUGAGAGUCUGCUGCAGUACUCGCAAGAGGAGGUAGAGGGAGUGAACGCAUCGUCCGCGCAGCGGGAGCAGCGGCUCAAGGAAAUUAAAGCAAAACUCGAACGAGCCAAGACAAAAAUCCCAAAGAGAGCCGAACGCACGGAGGACCAGUCCGGCCGUACUGACGAUCAAAUGGACGUUACUGUUGUACAACACCCAGACGGAGCCGGGAACUGUGACCAGGGUGAUCAACCUGUUGCGGCGGUGACUGAGAAACAGAACGACGGCGGAGCGGACGGGACAGACAACGGGCAUUACAGUGACAUGUUACAGCUUUUUGACUCCACAAUGGACAACCUGUUCAAAAGGGUGAGUGAGAAGACCUGCAUACCCGUCAAAUACCUUCGCAUCAUGUGCGACAGCAAACAACUGGAGUACAGCGAGUGGAAACGUCUGUCUGACUACAAUAUUGAGAACCUGUCCACCCUGCACGUCCUGCUGCGGCUGUCGGACUGUGUGAGCGGCGAGCCGUGCUCGGAAUGCCACCCGCUGUCUCCCCCGCGGGCCAGGAGAGAGCUGGAGGAGGACGUGGAUACCUCCUCCAGUGACUCUGACCCGGAGGAGGGGAGCGACAUCUGGCGACUCUCUGUCGUGUGUAACGAUGGGCGAACCAAUGCCAUAAACAUCCAUAAGGAUGCCUCAGUGGACGACUUGAUCCACAAGAUCUGUGACAAGAAAAACAUGUCCAUGGAUCCGGAGUUCUUACGUUUCCUGUAUAAGAGACAGCUACUGGAGUACGGCCAGGGAAAAUAUCUCUCCGACUUCGACAUCCAGGACAAGUCCAUUGUUCACGUCACCACUCAUCCGAUAUGGCAGGAGGAUUCAGAUUCGGAUUGAUUGAUAGACAGAAGAUGAACGGUUUAGACCGAUCCUGAUUGGCCAUCACAAUGAGCGGCUCAACCAAUGAGAGGAUGGCAAUUAGUGGUUCGGCCAAUGAGAGAGUGGCUAAUUAGCAUUUAUACGUUUUGGUUUUAGGAGGUGGGCGGGGCUUU